GGGGCGUGCGCGCUGCAUAGGGACACGCGCUCUGGGCCACAGCAACUCGCCCCAAGUUCCCUCCCUCGCUCUCCGGCGAAGCCUGCCUGAGCCCUCCCACUCGGUGCAGAGCGAAGGAACCUUCGCGGCCGCCGCCAGCCCGGGCUCUCCGUGGCCUCGCUUCCCGGGCCCCCUUGGCCAGCGCCGUCCGCUCUCAGCCCGCGGCCCCGCGGUGGCGGCGGCGAGGACUCGGCGGCCCCUGCGGCCCGCGCUCGGCCCUCCGGCGGCCCCGACCCUCCUUGCCCGCCGUCCCCGGGAACCCGGCGCCCGGCUCGGGCCGCACCGCACCGCACGCCAAGGAGCGCGGCCGAGGACUUGCGUGAGACCAACUCCUUCUCAGUUAUGAAGCUGCCCAAUCAAAUGCAAGUCAGAAAACAGGAAAAGUUGAAGAUGCAUACAGCAGAUCCAAAUCCCCAACUGGACAUCCAGAGCACCUGUCCUGUUCUUUCUGGUCUUGAAUCGAAAGUUGACAAGACUCUCUAAGACCUGAAAAGGAAAUAAAAGAUAUUUCGUGCUGCAGAGAGUACUUCAAGACAGGAAGGAUUCCCUGUGUCUUCUGCCUACCUUCUCUAAAAUCCUCAUUUCUCUUUCAACUCUGCCUGCAGUUGAACACAAAGACCUGGAGGAGACUCCCACAUCCUUCGGGGAGAAGAAAGGAGGCAGCGAAGCAGAUUAAAGGAACUUGUGGCUUGUGGCCUUUUUGUGCAGGGGCUGCCUGUAAGGGGGAAAGUAAAUUAAAGCCACAGUGGCGGUUAAUGAGCUGUGAGAUGAGGCGCUGCUGCUGCUGCUGCUGACACUCAGAUUCCAGGAUCCGUCUGCUGCCCUUUGUGCUUCAUGUACAUGUGUCUAUUCAGCGCAUCCGGAGGCGCCCAGAAGAGAAUCCAACACGGCUGCCGGGGAGAGACCACCCACCAUGCCCACGGAGACCCUACAGACAGGUAGCAUGGUGAAGCCGGUCAGCCCCGCCGGCACCUUCACCUCGGCGGUCCCCCUGCGCAUCCUCAACAAAGGACCCGACUACUUUCGCAGGCAGGCCGAGCCCAACCCGAAAAGACUCAGCGCCGUGGAGAGGCUGGAAGCGGAUAAGGCGAAGUAUGUCAAGAGUCAGGAGGUCAUCAACGCCAAGCAGGAGCCCGUGAAGCCGGCCGUGCUGGCCAAGCCCCCGGUGUGCCCCGCCACCAAGCGCGCCCUGGGCAGCCCCACGCUCAAAGUGUUCGGCAGCAGCGCCAAGACCGAGAGCGGUGUGCAGAGGGAGAAUCUGAAGCUCGAGAUCCUGAAAAACAUCAUCAACAGCUCCGAAGGCUCCAGCUCGGGCUCCGGGCACAAGCACAGCUCCCGAAACUGGCCGCCCCACAGGCCGGACGCCACCGACCUGCACCGGCACUCCUUCGCUGAGUCCCUGAAGGUUUACCCGACGCAGGGCCGCGGCAGCCCGCAGGAAAGCAGCUCCCACGUGGGCAGGAGGCUGCUGGACCAGUCGGCCGAGUCCUUCCUCCACGUCUCCCACAGCUCCUCGGACAUCCGCAAAGUGACCAGUGUUAAGCCCUUAAAAGCGAUCCCCUGCAGUAGCUCCGCCCCUCCCCUGCCACCCAAACCCAAGGUCGCCGCCAUCGCCACCAUGAAGUCUCCCGAAGCCGACCCUGUGGAACCCGCUUGUGGAGUCAGCCGAAGACCCUCCCUCCAGCGGUCUAAGUCAGACUUGAGUGACAGAUAUUUCCGGGUGGACGCAGACGUGGAGAGGUUCUUCAACUACUGCGGACUGGACCCCGAAGAGCUGGAAAACCUCGGAAUGGAAAACUUUGCAAGGGCUAAUUCUGACAUAAUAUCCCUCAACUUCCGCAGCGCAAGCAUGAUCAGCUCAGACUGUGAACAGUCUCAGGACAGUAACAGUGACCUUAGAAAUGAUGACAGUGCCAAUGACCGGGUGCCAUAUGGCAUUUCUGCGAUCGAAAGAAAUGCUAGGAUCAUCAAGUGGUUAUAUAGCAUCAAACAAGCUAGAGAGUCACAGAAGGUCUCCCACGUGUAAGAGAAAGUGCGUGCGGAGGAGGGAGGGGUGGGUCUCUGUUUGUGCAUCCGCAGUUGUGAAGGUUGUGAGGUCUCCUUGAAGUGUUGUGAGCUUCUCCACUCUCUUUGUGUUGCUUGUUGUGCAAUGUUUUAAAGUUGCAUGCCUGUCAACAUGGGGACUGACCUGGCUUCCGCGUCAACCAUCGCUGCCGAGCCUGGCUUGACUCAGUCAUCUGCCAAAAGUUUCAGGCCAGAAUCUAAUUAGGGCUUCAAUCUUAAGCAAAACUGUUUACACGAUACAGUAUACAACUUCUUCAAUAUUUAUGUGGUUCUUGUGUUUUUAUAUCCCACGCUAUUGUGUCUUAAUUAAAAGUUUUAUCAACUGGCUUUUAAGUUGAGAGUAGAAUCUUUUUCAAAUAAAAAGCUAAUUUGCCUAUAUGUGAGAUGGAAACAAUGGGAAAAUACAUGGGAUCUGCUACCAAACAGAUGUAGUGACUGACCUAGGGUAGAAGAAUCAGGCUGGGUUUCUGAGGAAGAAAGUGGUGAGCCUGGAUGUUAGUCAUUUACAUAUUGAAAUUCUCCUGCCCUGCUGCUUACUAAAGUCACGGUUGGGGCAACAAAGCUACGUUUUGUGUCCUAUUCGGUGUAUAAAUGUUGGUGGUUCUAUGUAAUACUGACCCUAAGGAAAGACAAUCAGAUACAAUGGAGGUGAUUACAUCUGGGAGGUUGGGUGUUUGGGGCUUUUAUUGAUGUUCUGGUUUGGGUUGAUUGAGAAAUUUCUAUAUUAAUCUUUUGACAGGAAUGAUCACCCUAAAGUUGAUACUGAAUGUCUUUUUUUAAAAAAAGUUUGUUUUUUGAUCAAGAACUAAUUCCAUGCUGAUUCUCUUCCCUCCCUUUGUUGUUGUUGUUUUUUUUGGGAGAGCGGAGUGGGGUUUGGGCUUGUUGGGCUAUGCGAAGACAUGAACACAAACGGAAAUAGCAGCCAUAUCCGCAGAGAGCCUCCUCUUCAAAGUGGAUCCCUUUGGGAGCUGAGCCCUGUCUGAGCAGUGUGGUGGCGGUGUCUUGCAUACGUUACUCUCAGGCUGUGGACGUUCGUUGCAGCUCUAGGAAACUGUAGAAACCCGACACUAUGUAGCUUGUCCACCCUGCAGCUCCUAGUGCUGCGUAUCACCUUGUUCCCGCUCCCCGGUAGCCUGUCUUCCAGGUGGUGCAGUCCGCUGCCAGCCGACGGCCGGUUGUGGUGUGGUCCCAGAGCGGGAACCUGCAGUGGUCUGCUUCAUUGCUCUUGUAGUCGUGCUCUCGAGUUCUCAGCAGCACUACCUUAGACUUCAUCAGCUGAUAGGAAACUUUUUAUGGUGUAAAUGCUGUAAGACUUUGUACAUACUUCGGUUGUUAUGAAAUCUUUAAGGAAAAACAAGAAAAAGUUACACUAAUAAAUCGUUCUGGUGCAGGCACUCGUGGUGGUGGUUUCUCUUUGUGCUUUCCUUCAUUCCCUCCACGAAGGUUAAGUUUGAACUGUGAGCCAGAAGCAGAUUUUCGAUAGUCUUGAAGAGACAUGAUUUCUUGUUAUUUUCACCAUAUCCCAAUUAUUCUGAACAGCACUGUUCUUAAUUGUAGCUAUCGCAGUGUGCUUUUGCUAAAGUGGUUUCAUCAAGGUUCCUAAAAUAUGCUGCUGCAGCUUUACUUAGUUCACACUCCUGUUAUUUUUAUCUUUUCUUAAACAUCAGAAUUCUUCACACCUUCCCCAAGACUCUUCAGGUGUAAAUAUUUAUGAGUUCUUUCAGUGGAGACACACCUUUGAAAUUUAUAGCCUUGUUCUCAUUUGUACAAGCCCAGCAUCAUUCACAGGACACGUGUUCGUACAUUUGUCCACUCAGUGAUUCAUCUCUCUUUCUGUGGGUCAUUUGUUGAGAGGCCCUCUCGUUCAAGCCUCACGUAGGCACGGGACUGCCGCCAUCCCCGGCGCAGUCUCUGCCUCGAGCAACUGAGAUUGCACAUUUAUUUUAAGAGAAAUAUCAUUCCUCUUAGUGGACGUGUAGGACAUUGAGUAUUCACUGAGUACUCACUGCAUCACGUUA